UUAGUGGAUGAAGUGACAAUAAAAUUAAGUAUAAUGUUGGCAACAACAGUUAUUCUGAUUGUAAUAACUCUGUCCAUAUUUGUAGUGACAACAACAGCAACAACUGCUACAAGUUGAAAACUGACCAGAAGUGGCGACGUUGCGUAAGCGCGGAAUCUAUCCAUAGCAGAUUCACGAUACGAACCACAACAAUAAAAAACGGUGUUAAUACCAACAACGACUCCGACAACAACAACACCAGUACGAUAAACACAAUAUUACCCGCAUUGUUAACAGAACAACAACAAUAAUAACAACAAAAAAAAAGAACAACAAAGACUUGGAAACAGUCUAAUUAACAUCAGUGAUAUAACAUCGACAACAGAAAAAAAAAAAAAACAACGAGAGUUUGUUAAAGAAAGAGUUCGUUGUUAAAGCGAACUGCGAACACUUUACAAAAGAUUACGGGAAAAAUAGGACGGAAGAUAUAAAGAAGAAAGAAUGAAUACGAACAGAGAAUUAUAAUCUUUGGAAAGAAAAUUCCGGUGAGCACAGUUGUUACGAUAAACCAGUCUUACAGGACUACACUAUAAAUACAUGAUUACACAUUCAUCUCGUUGCGCUUUUAUUGAUUUCAAAACUAAUUACUUCGGUGAAUUAAUUUGGUGGAUGCAUAAAUUAGUUACAAGAAAGAAGAUAAGCAGAAGACAGAACAGCACAAAACCAGAACCAGAACAGCACGAAGCCAACAGCACUGCAAGAGAAUUCAAAUUUAUCACACGUUCUAACGUAUAUAAAUAGUUAUAGAAUGAUAUCAAAUGGAAUAUUAAGGAAUUCUUGUUUAAAAACCAAAAGCAAUGGGUUUAUAUACAUUUAUAAAAAUUUCAUCUCUGCAGUCGUGUUUAUUCAAAAAUAUAUUGUCUUACCAAGAAAUAUUGAUUAUUCCUCAAUCAUCUCGGAAUUGUAGAAGUCGUAUACAAUAAAGUUUUAAAAGUUGUCGAUUUUAAUAAAAUCCCUGUCCCCUCUGACAUUUGAAAUAUAACGAAAUCUUUCUAAACCAUGGAACAAAAGUGGAGCACAGACCCUCCCGUUAAAACUACUGACAACAUCUCAGAAACAUUUCAUUCGGCCACAACAGGAGAUAUUCCUGAAGAUAAUACAACUUUACCAGUUAUUUGUAUGUUGUCUGUAUUUAGUGUUGUUGGAACGUUUGGAAAUUCGAUUGUUCUUCAUGUAUUCUUACGCCGUAAAGACAAAGUAUCAUCGACAAUAUUCAUUUUAUCUCUCGCUGGAAUCGACUGUAUAACAUGCUUGAUAAUCAUCCCUUUUACUGUAAUCAUGGAAUACAUCAAUUACGGGAUACAAUACGAAGCUCUUUGUAAGAUAUACAUAUUUCUCAUAACCUUCAAUGUUCCGCUCUCGUCUUUUGUUAUGGUGGCCAUUGCAUUUGACCGCUAUUUCUGCAUUUGUCAUUCACUGAGGAACAUAAUGAAUCGCAGAAAAGCCAAAAUCAUUAUAAUCGUUCUCAUAGUAUUUGCAGCAUGUCUCGGAACGAUUACAAGUUUAAUGCAUGCUGUUUACACAUUAAAAGAAAACAGAGGAGCUUACUUUAACGAUUCCUCUUUUCCAGCAGAUUGCUUCAUAGAUAACUCGACCGAACCUUAUACUAUAGUUUGCAAAGGAUAUUACGAAUAUGAUUACGAAAUAAAUGCCUCACCAGAUGAACACGGAUUGCAGACUACCUCACAGCAAUCAUUACGAAACGCUUUCUCUUCUAUUAUGAAUACGACAAAGAAUAUAAUAACAUUUACAAACACUGGCACAGAUACUACUUUUUACUACACGGGAUUUUGUCAACCUUCGGAAAUAUUGUUAAGCAGACGAUUUCGUUACAUUUAUCAAAAGAUAUACGCGUUUCUGUUUCUCGCUGACUUCUGUAUAGUUCUAGUGUUAUAUGUUCUUAUAUAUCGUUUUCUAGUCACUCGUCGAAUUAGGAGACACAAAUCACGCUCACUUAGAAGACUGACGAGUUUCAACGCUAAUGAGGAGGAAGCAGAUACAACGGAAACCAGAUUUCUCGCCGAUAUGCCACGACCUUCACCAGUAGUAGUCGCGGCAGCAGCUGCUGUCGCUGCGGCUUCCUCUUCAUCGAGUAGCAUCAGACGUGUGGCGAUGAGGCAUAAAGUUCCUCCUAGAGAGCGGUUACUAAUGGCCAACGUUCGAACGGCUGCUAUGCUAUUCGUAGUCACUGUAGUGUUUAUUGUUGUAUUCCUUCCAGCAUGGCUAACAGCGAUGCAAUUGCUUCCGGCCAACAAAAUUAUAUUCAACUCAUAUUUUUUGUACAAUGUCGUCAAUCCAUUCAUAUAUGCUUUCAUGAACCCGAUGUUUAAGAAAGAAUUGCAGAAAAUGUUAUCGUUCCGCAAACAGGUGAUCAGACCUCGCUGUCUCUGGUACACUGACGUGCCAGCAUCCUGCUGAUCAUAGAGCAGUGGAUAAAACACCUUGUAUUUUUCUAAGGCAAUGGGCUCAAAUCACACACGAAAAGAGACUUAUGCAACGAGGACCAUACAUCAUACAGUAUCAAACAUGAAAUCGUCACUUCAAUAAAAUCGGAUUCAUGGUCAUAUACAUAAUGUAAUUAUAAAAAAUAUAAAAAUAUGCAUAUAUACAUAU